AUCAAGCACCUAGACAUGCAGACUGCUUCUACAAACAUUUGUGAAAGAAUGGGUCGCUCUCAGGAGCUCAGUGAAUUCAAGCGCGGUACCAUGAUAGAUUGCCACCUGUGCAAGAAGUCCAUCCAUGAAAUUUCCUUGCUACUAAAUAUUCUUCAGUCAACUGUUAGUGGUAUUAUAACAAAAUGGAAGCAAAUGGGAAACACAGCAACUCAGCCACGAAGUGGUAGGCCAUGUAAAAUGACAGAGCGGGGUCAGCGCACACUGAAGCACACAAUGCGCAGAAGUCGCUGUCUGCAGAGUCAAUAGAUAAAGACCUCGAAACUUCGUCUGGCCUUCAGAUUGCAGAUGCACAACAGUGCAUUAAGAGCUUUAUGGAAUGGGUUUCCAUGGCUGAGCAGCUACAUCCAAGCCUUGCAUCAACAAGUGCAAUUGGAUGCAGUGCUGUAAAGCACGCUGCCGCUGGACUCUAGAGAAGUACUAGCCUGACUGCAUUUUGCCAAGUGUAAAGUUU